ACGUAUUCUUGCCUGGAAUUUAGUUGACUAAUUUGUCUCUCUCUGACAAAUACUUAUUCGCUGCUGCUGGUAUAGUUUGGCUGGAGUCGCUUCAGUACGCGUUCGAAUUUUGUUGACACAAAUUGACAUACAAAAGAUUAAUAUACGAAAAAGGCACAAGCGAAUUGAAAAAAAAUCAUAAAACAUAAAGGAAGAAAAAUAGGUGUGACAGCGCGUUGAGAAAAAAUACAUAAUAUUGAAGUAAAACUGUGCGAAAAUAAUAAGUUGUGUGGUAAAACACGUUGAAAUUGUGUUAACGCGAGAAAAAAUCGCAGCAUGCAGAGUCCGAGAACGAAUGCCGUUAAUGGAGCAAUACAGUCGCUGCCUAGUACAUUGGCGCAACUGGCGCUGAGGGAUAAACAGCCUCCGCAGUUGCCACAGACACAGCCACCGAGCGUGCCCAACAAGAGCCAUUUGGUCGAAGGAUCAUCGUCCGCCAAUGGUGGUGGUGGAGUGGGUGCCAACAGUGGCAGCAAUUCAUCUGCAAGCGGCGCUGCCGAUUCGAACAAAGUGACCACCGAGUUGCAGGAGAAGGAAAACCAAAACCAACUACAGCAGAAGCAGAAACCGCCACUGCCUGUGCGCAACAAACCAAUGGAAAUAGCGGGUUAUGUCGGCUUCGCAAAUCUGCCAAACCAAGUGUACCGUAAAGCGGUGAAGCGUGGCUUCGAGUUUACGUUGAUGGUUGUAGGUGCCAGCGGAUUGGGAAAGUCGACAUUAAUCAACUCCAUGUUCUUAGCUGAUAUCUAUAAUGCGGAGCAAUAUCCUGGGCCAUCGUUGCGUCGCAAGAAGACAGUUGCCGUAGAAGCUACAAAGGUGCUGCUCAAAGAGAAUGGUGUCAAUCUAACGCUAACUGUUGUGGACACACCUGGCUUUGGCGACGCUGUCGAUAACACAAAUUGUUGGGUACCCAUUCUGGAAUAUGUAGACAGCAAGUACGAAGAAUACUUGACGGCUGAGUCACGCGUAUAUCGCAAACAGAUUCCAGAUAAUCGAGUACAUUGUUGUCUAUAUUUCAUUGCGCCAUCCGGCCAUGGGUUGCGGCCAUUAGACAUCGCUUGCAUGCAGAGUCUCUCCGAUAAAGUGAAUCUGGUGCCUAUCAUUGCCAAAGCAGACACAAUGACACCGGACGAGGUGCAUCUAUUCAAAAAACAAAUUCUCAAUGAAAUUGCUCAGCACAAAAUAAAGAUUUACGAUUUCCCUUCCACCAUUGAGGAUGCCGCAGAAGAGGCGAAAACUACACAGAAUCUGCGUGUACGCGUUCCUUUUGCUGUAGUAGGUGCCAACUCCAUUAUCGAAAUGGAUGGCAAAAAACUACGUGGUCGCCGUUAUCCCUGGGGCCUGGUCGAGGUGGAAAAUCUAGGUCACUGCGAUUUUAUUGCGCUCCGCAAUAUGGUUAUACGUACACAUUUACAGGAUUUGAAGGAUGUUACCAACAAUGUGCACUACGAGAACUAUCGUUGUCGCAAAUUAUCUGAGCUUGGACUAGUCGAUGGCAAAGCCCGUCUUUCAAACAAAAAUCCCUUGACACAAAUGGAAGAGGAGAAGCGUGAACAUGAAUUAAAAAUGAAGAAAAUGGAGGCAGAAAUGGAACAGGUCUUCGAUAUGAAAGUGAAAGAAAAAAUGCAGAAACUGAAAGAUUCCGAAUUGGAGCUAGCGCGACGACAUGAAGAACGCAAGAAAGCUUUGGAAUUGCAAGUGCGUGAGCUGGAAGAGAAGCGACGUGAAUUUGAGCGCGAAAAGAAGGAGUGGGAGGAAGCUAAUCAUAUCACACUUGAGGAAUUGAAGCGACGCAGUCUUGGCGCGAAUAGUAGCAGCGAUAAUGUUGACGGCAAGAAGGAAAAAAAGAAGAAGGGACUGUUUCUAAACUAAUUUAACGACUAAUUUUAAAACAAUAGUCCUAGAAGCAGUAUUGAGUAACUAAAAACACAAAGAAGCAAAAUUAGUGUUAAAGAAAAUCAAUGCAAAACGAAAGUUGCCACUGAAAAAGAGAUGGUGGCACAGAUAUAUCUAGGUAUGAAGGUAAAAUACUGACGACGAUGAUGAUGCUGACGAAUUGUGUUAAGUAAUGAAAUACCUAAAAUUGUAUUUAAAAUACGUUACAAAGCAAGCAAGCAAGCGAACCAACACACUCCAAAACGAAAACAAAAACGACUUCCCCAAACCCCUCAGCUAAACCACGAGUAGCGUACAUACUCUCCUUGCAUUAAUUAUGAAACUAUUACCUACUAUAUAUACCUACAAAAAUAUAAUAAAGUCUUCUUUAGUUUAAAA